AAACCUCCAUCUACUAAAUUCUCCGAAGUCCCUUUUCACCAAGUAUUCACCACCAGAACUCAAUUCGCGAGAUUUUAACUUCUUUUUUUAUCUCGCAACAAUUCAAUCUCCUUUUUCAUCUCACUUUAACUCGCACUUAGGGUUUCCCAAUUCCUUCUUCGAUGGCUCCCGAACCUAAUCGCACCGGUGCCGGCGCCAGUACCAGUGGUACCAAAGACGAAGCAGCGGCAAAGAAGAAGAUCGAGAGUGAAGAUCUGUCAGAUGAGGAUUUGGCUUUGAAGCAGCAGCUGGAGUUGUAUGUUGAGAGGGUUCAGGAUUCCGACCCGGGAUUGCAGAAGAUUGCCCUUGAAAGCAUGAGACAAGAGAUACGUACAUCCACCAGCUCCAUGACUUCAGUGCCCAAGCCACUAAAGUUUCUUCGCCCACAUUAUGGUACUCUUAAGGCAUAUUAUGAAACUAUGGCGGAAUCGGAGUUGAAGAAGUACUUGGCUGACAUUUUAUCAGUAUUGGCCCUUACAAUGUCUGCUGAGGGAGAACGAGAAAGUCUCAAAUACAGAUUACUAGGUUCAGAGGGCGAUAUUGGUUCGUGGGGACAUGAGUAUGUUAGAAAUUUGGCUGGAGAAAUUGCACAAGAAUAUGCAAAACGACAGAGUGAAGAGGCCCCCAUUGAUGAUCUCAUGGAACUUGUUCAGCAGAUAGUUGCUUUUCACAUGAAGGUAUGGUCUAAUAGCAUUCAUUUUACUAAAAAAAUUGUUACUAUAUGGAAUAUUGACGCAACAAGAUGCAUUAGAAGAAGACUGUUAAUCAUGUUUUUGACUAAUUUUAAUUUGCUGCAGCACAAUGCUGAGCCAGAGGCUGUUGAUCUUUUGAUGGAGGUUGAAGACCUAGAUAUGUUGAUUGAGCAUGUUGACAAAACAAAUUUUAAGAGGACUUGCCUGUAUCUUACAAGUUCAGCUAGGUAUCUUCCUGGACCUGAUGAUAUGCUAGUUUUGGACAUUGCAUAUUCGAUCUAUCUAAAAUUUGAAGAAUAUCCAAAUGCACUCCAAAUUGCAUUGUUCCUGGAUAACCUGCAGCAUGUGAGGCAGGUGUUCACCUCUUGUGAUGAUGUGCUGCGAAAGAAGCAAUUCUGUUACAUACUUGCACGCCAUGGAAUCACUUUUGAGCUUGAUGAGGAAAUGGUCAAUGAUGAUGAAGACCGAGAAGUGUUGCAAGAUAUCGUAAACAAUUCCAAGUUAAGUGAAGGAUAUCUGACUCUUGCUCGUGAUAUUGAAGUCAUGGAGCCCAAGUCCCCUGAAGAUAUAUACAAGGCACAUUUGCUUGAUGGCCGGGCAAGUGCUGGUGCAAGUGUUGACUCAGCCAGACAGAACCUUGCUGCUACUUUUGUUAAUGCAUUUGUUAAUGCCGGCUUUGGUCAGGAUAAGUUAAUGACUGUUGCAUCAGAUUCUUCAAGUAGUGGUUCUUCUGGAAAUUGGCUUUUCAAAAACAAGGAACAUGGGAAGACUAGUGCUGCAGCAAGUCUGGGUAUGAUUUUACAAUGGGAUGUUGAUUCUGGACUUGCUCAACUUGACAAAUACUUCCAUAGUAAUGAUAACCAUGUCAUUGCUGGUGCAUUACUGGGAGUGGGAAUUGUUAAUUGUAGUAUCAAGAAUGACUGUGAUCCUGCAAUGGCACUCCUUGGUGAUUAUAUAGAUAAAGAAGAUAGUUCGGCCAGAAUUGGUGCAAUUAUGGGAUUGGGAAUUGCAUAUGUAGGUUCCCAGAAUGAGCAGUUGCGAUACAAGUUGGCACCUAUUCUGAGUGAUCCUAAAGCUUCCCUUGAUGUGAUUGCUUUCACCGCAAUUGCAUUGGGCUUGAUUUAUGUGGGUUCUUGCAAUGAGGAAGUUGCUCAAGCAAUCAUAUUUACAUUGAUGGACCGGAGUGAGUCAGAGUUGGGAGAGCCUCUUACACGACUUUUACCUCUCGGCCUUGGUCUUCUUUAUCUUGGGAAGCAGGAAAGUGUCGAGGCAACUGCUGAAGUUUCAAAGACUUUUAAUGAAAAAAUUAGAAAGUAUUGUGACAUGACUCUACUAUCAUGUGCCUAUGCUGGAACUGGGAAUGUUCUCAAGGUGCAAAAUCUUUUGGGUCAUUGUUCACAACAUCUGGACAAAGGUGAAAUGCACCAAGGUCCUGCGGUGCUUGGAAUCGCUAUGGUUGCAAUGGCCGAAGAACUGGGUCUUGAGAUGGCCAUUCGAUCGUUAGAACAUCUUCUCCAGUAUGGAGAGCAAAAUAUUCGUCGUGCAGUUCCUCUGGCACUUGGUCUACUCUGUAUAUCAAAUCCAAAGGUCAAUGUUAUGGAUACCUUAAGCAGGCUCAGCCAUGAUACUGAUUCAGAAGUAGCAAUGGCAGCAGUUAUCUCCUUAGGUCUAAUAGGUGCUGGAACAAAUAAUGCUCGAAUUGCUGGCAUGCUUAGGAAUCUUUCAAGCUAUUACUACAAAGACACCAGCCUUCUGUUCUGUGUGCGGAUUGCCCAAGGUCUUGUACAUUUGGGAAAGGGAUUAUUAACACUUAAUCCCUAUCAUUCUGACCGUUUCUUACUGUCGCCGACAGCGCUUGCAGGACUAAUUACUAUGCUGCAUGCAUGCCUUGAUAUGAAAGCCAUCGUGUUGGGAAAAUACCAUUAUGUUCUAUACUUCCUCGUUUUGGCAAUGCAGCCAAGAAUGUUGUUGACGGUGGGCGAGAAUUUGAAGCCCUUAUCGGUGCCUGUUCGGGUUGGCCAAGCAGUGGAUGUUGUUGGACAGGCUGGUCGUCCUAAGACAAUCACCGGCUUUCAGACCCACUCCACCCCCGUGCUCCUGGCUGCUGGGGAUAGAGCAGAGCUAGCCACAGAAAAAUAUAUCCCCCUAUCGCCAAUUCUUGAAGGUUUUGUGAUUCUUAAGGAGAACCCAGAUUAUAGAGAAGAGUGAGGACCUUAAUGAUGUUUUUCUCAUUUCAUUGUGUCUGAACAGUGUUUAGUUAUCUUACUUUUGAAAUACUGUCAAAAUGUAAAAGGAAUUAUUUUAAAUUAUUCCUUUUUAAUAUCUGUCCUCUGAGCAUUUUUUUAAUGUGUAUUUGUGUAUUUGAAAGAUGGUCAUGCAGACAAUGUGGGUAGGUUUUACACGUACAUUUUAUUGUUUUUAUCUUUUUGGUCGGGGAAAAUGCUAUUUAUAACGACAAAAAUCUCAUAAUAACACCAUGAUAGAUAUUUUGUCAAAAAAAAACGUCAUGUUAGCAUUUGCCAUAUAAUAUUAUCAAUUAUUCCUUUUA